AUGUCUUUUCUAACCAACGGAAGUAACACUACAAAUACAACAUCUGAUUUCAAAAGAUACAGUUUUAUCCCAUCGUUUUACAGCUUCCGGGAAGGAAGUCUAUUAUUUAUAUCUAUUGUAGGCACGGCGAUGAACUUGUGGUUUCUGGCGGCCAUCUUGAGCUCGCCAGUUCUUCGAUCACGGCUUCGCAACAAAAUCCUCUGCAACAGUUUUCUGUUGCAUGUGGUCAACUGCGCAAUAAUUUUACCCAUCAAUUUCGGUAUCUCCUUCAGUCGCAAAGAUGUUGGAUGCGCUUUAAUAUCAAUGUUCAACAACGUGGACCUCAUGCAGGACUUUGUAGAUAACUGGCUGUUGGUGAUCAUCAUCGUCAUCUUCAUUGCCCAAAUCCAAGACUUUGAUCUGAGAAGCAGAUUUAGUGACAGAACUAUAAAAGUGGGCACUGUUGCUCUGCUAGUAGUCCCCUGGCUUUCGUCGUUGGUUGUUGUCCCUGUUAUUAUUAAAGAACAUCUUUCAGACAGUAUCAAGGAUUGCCUAGUCUCAACACUGGAUGCGUUGGAAGUGCUGAGAGCUGUCGACACGGCUCUGCCCAUCAUCCUGGCCAUACUGCUAGUGAUAGCCGCGGCAGUCAUGAAGCACUGUGGAUUCACUCUGAGGAACUCACCUGUAUCCACUCAGUCGGAGCUCCUGAACAGAGGACCCGAGAUCGACAACACCCGUGCCUAUGUUGUGGCUGUGACAAUAGCUACACUCUGUGACUUACUUCGGCUGAUUCGGCAUUUAAAAAUUUAUAACUUUUCACAGCACGGCAUAAAAACAUUGUUGUACGCCAUUGUGAUAUCCGGCAUCCUGGUUGACCUCCGGUCUAUCCUGACCCCUAUUGCCUGGCUUUUGCUUCCUGACAUCAGGGAACGGAUCCGAACUUGGAGACCUUGGCAUCGCCCGGCACCCGGUAUUGAUGUGACUAUGACCUACAAAAAGGAGAGAAAUUAA